GAAAAACACAUAUAUAUUUAGAUAAAAAUAUUUGCAGAUGUUUAAAAUGGAAGAAGUCGAAAAAAGAAUUGAAAAAGAAGGAAAAUUGGUCAAGAAAAUAGACAUUAAAGAAAGCAUAAAUAUAUUUAAUAAUAUUAAAAAUAAUGGACGGAAUGUUGUUUUUGAUCCAUUAUAUGGGAAAGAACUCUUUGGUUCAGACAUGAUUUUGAGUGUCGUAAUGAGGAAGAUGUCAGAGAAUAAUAUGAAAGAGAAAGGCAUUGAGAGUCUAGAAAGAAGCAAAGAGGAAUGUCUUAUUUGUAAAAAAGAGUAUUUGGAUGAUAUUUGGCAAGAAGAGAGUAUUUUAUCAUAUUGUAAAGAGAUUACAUGGGAUAAGUUCAAAGAAGCGAAUUCGAAUCCAUACAGGAACCCGUUUAUGACGGAGAAACCUAUGAAAGUGUUUGAUAUUUUUUUAGCAAAGGAAUUGAAUCAUAUUUAUUCACCAAAUGAAGCAGGAGUGAUGGUAGAAUCAUUUUUAAUAUAUGAAGUACUUAUAUUGCUUUCACUUGGGGAGUCAUCAUCACUUUUUAUUAGGGACAAGAAACAUUUAAGAUUUUCUUUAUUGAUUGAGAAUUUAAGAAUUACAGGAUUUACAAAAGAAACGACUAAAGAUAUAAUUAAUUUUUUCAUGAGUAUUGGUACACAUACAUAUAGACUUCAAGUUUUUAAAGAAGAUAUUGAGAAAAAUGCAUUGAAUUAUGAUUCAUGUGUUCUGGCAUUUGUUUCAUGUAUAACAGAAAUAUUGAAAGAGUAUAAUGGUAUUUUGGUCACUGAGCUGAAUAAUAUUAAAAAACCUUCAUUAUUAUUGAGAUUUAUUCAUAAAUACGAAUAUAUUGAAGAAAAUUUAAGGAAAUUGGCGAAAUUUUGUUUUAGAGAUUUAGAAAACUUUCCUAAACCACCUUUUCUAGAAAUAAAACAAGGAAUUGAAUUAUUAAACGCACUUUAUACAUUUGCAUAUGAACAUUUUCAUAUAAAUACAGGGAAUAUUUCAUUAAUUUCUAAAUAUUUACUUAAAUGUUCAAGUCAAUCAUGGUUAGAGACAUUAGAACAAUGGAUUGGUUUACAAAAAAUAACACCUAACAAUGAAAAAAUAUGGAAGAAUAAAAAAUCUGGAUUUUUUAUUCAUGAAACUGAUAUUUCUUAUGUUAAAAAUAAUAUAAAUUUAAAUGAAUACUUUGAGAUGGAUGAUAUAAGUUGUCUUUAUCUUCCAAAAUCAUUUUUUGAAGAUGCUUAUAACACAGGAAAGGCUAUUAGGCUUCUUUAUAAAAUUCAACCUAAUCAUCCUUUAUGUAGAGUAUUUUAUAAUAGAGAAGUAUGUGAAACAAGUAUUCAAUUAGAAUGGAAAUUUAAAUGGGAAAAUAUAAAUAACUUAAUUGAUCAAAUAAAUAUGUAUAAAAAAGCUGUAAUGAUUGAAAUUGAGAAAUUUGAAAAUCCAAAUGAUUAUAAUGAAAUAACUGAUUCAAAGGAGUUAGAGAAAUCUGAUGAGAAAUUUAAAUUGGAUUUUUUUGAAUAUUCAAAGCAAAAAAUUAUGGAUUCAAUUAAAAAAUCAAUUAAUAUUUUUGAAAGUGAAAUUGAAAAUAAUAUAUCAUCACUUGAUAAAAAUAUAAAUGAAUCAUGUUUUUCGGAAGAUAUAGUUCCAAUUGAUAUAAUACCUAUACAUUGUUUUAUAAUUCCAUUGUCAAUUCAAUCAAAUUUAGUUAACAAUUCACUUGUAAAACUGUUUCUUAAAAAUAUUGGAUUAAAACGGCAUUUAUCAUUGCUUUGGAAGGCAAAAUUAUUUAAUGAUGGACUUUUUAUAUUAAAACUUUCAUAUGCUUUAUUUGGUUCUACAUUGGAAUAUAAUAAAUAUUCAUUAGAAUUAAAUUGCAAAUCAAGACUUAAAGGAAAAUGGCCACCUAGACCUACUGAAUUAACUAUAGCACUUCAAACUGUUUUAUUUGAUAGUUUUGGAUCAAAAUUUUUUCUAAGUAAACAGGAAUUUGGAACAGAAAGCAUUUUAAUGGGAGGAUUAAGUUUUUCAAUUGAAGAAAUGACUGAAUCAGAAUAUAAAGGAAUAGAAGAUCCUUACAAUAUUGAAGCACUAGAUUUCCUAAAAAUCGUUUAUACUCCAACGUUUCCCUUAGAUGAGAUUAUAACGGACUCUUGUUUAGAUAAAUAUAAUCAAUUGACUAAAUUUUUGCUACGGCUUAUACGAAUUAAUGAUAUUAUUAUAAAACUAUUUGGAAUUAAGGCAAAUAAAAAAAUGACAAAUUAUUUUAAAAUAACAUUAGGAUUUCGUCUUCAUGCUUAUCACUUCAUUCAUGCUCUUUUCUCUUAUAUUUUUUAUAUUUCAUUAUCAUCAAAUUAUCAAAAGUUAAAGAAAUAUUUUAAAGAUAUUGAAUUAAAUUUAUCACAUUUUACUCUUACUUCUUUAACUCAUUUUCAUUUAGAAAUACUUGAUCAGAUGCAUUUUUCUUGUUUUCUUACAUCAUCUCAAUCAUCUCUGGCUAAUAUUAUUACAAAUAUUUUUUCAAUCAUUCUUGAAUUUUCAAAAACAUUUUUUCAAUUUCAAUUUCAUUCUAAUAUUAUAGACAAAGACUCACUCAUUCUUAUUACAAAUACAUUAUUUCAUUCUCUUAUUGAACAAAUUACUAAAUUUAUUCAAAAAAUUCUUGAUUUAUCUAAAAAUAAGGGUAUUUAUACAGAUCUUAUUGCUUUUUUUGAUACAAAAAAAUACUUCUAAUAUUCUAUCUUGGGAUUCUUAUUCAAUUCUCUUUUUUC